UGCAGGCUCCACUCCACUUCAGUCUUCACUCCCGCUACACUACGCUCCACCUACCCGAACAUCAAGACAGUGAACUUGUUUGGAUAGCUCCGAGUGGCAAAGGGAAGAGGUCUAUUUUCUACAAGAGAUGUAGCUGCAGGAACAGUGCUCUUUGAAGAGAAGCCUCUUGUUUGUGCUCAGUUCUUGUGGAAUGAGUUUUAUAACUACAAAGCAUGUGAACAUUGCUUGAGGUCGAUGGAAAAUGCUGAAGAGAUGGCUAGACGUCUUUCAGCCAACCCUUCGCUGGUCCUUCCACACUUGGAGUGUUGUAAAGUGAAAAAAGACAAUUUUGUACACUGCCCUCAUUGUCAGGUUGCAUAUUGCAGCAGCAACUGUAGAGAAGAAGCAUGGAAUCAGUACCAUCAAGUACUCUGUAUAUCACAUCAUCCUCCUGAUCCUAAUCAGCCUCUUGUUAUCCUUCAGGAAGUUUGGAAAACAAUGCACUAUCCUCCAGAGACGACUAGUAUUAUGUUGAUUGCCAAGAUGAUUGCACUAAUAAAACAGGCCAAGUCAAAAGAAGAGAUAAUAGCAGUCUUCAAUCAGUUCUGCCAUGUACCUCAUAAUGAAGAGAUGGAACUGUCACAUAAACUACUUGGGAAACAAUUCAAGGGUCAGUAUGAAGCUCUCCAGCCAUUGUUGCUCAAUGCUCUCUAUGAAGAAUCUGUUGCUCAGUGGUUUACUCCAGAUGGUUUGAGAUCUUUGUUUGCUCUCAUUGGUAUGAAUGGACAGGGAGUUGGUUCAAGUUCUCUAAGUGUUUAUGUUCAUAAUUGUGAUGAUCUCGAUCUGGAGGAAGAAGAAAGGCAGAAUCUAGACCAGUUUAUUGAUCAGCUUUAUGUUGAUAUGGAGAAAGAAUCUGGAGCUUUUUUGAACUGUGAGGGCUCGGCACUCUAUAAAUUGCAAAGCUCCUGUAAUCACAGCUGUGAACCAAACGCUGAGAUAAAUUUUCUUCACAACAACUCCACUCUUAGCCUCACUGCACUCACAGAUAUUGCUGAGGGAGAGGAAAUAUUAAUCAGCUAUCUUGAUGAAUGCAGCAGAGAAAGAAGUAGACACUCAAGACAGAAGGAGUUACGGGAGAACUAUCUCUUUACUUGUGACUGUCCGAAAUGUAGACGGCAGUGUGAUGAUCCUGAUUUGACAUCAAGUGAAGAGGAGGAAGAAGAGGAGGAGGAGAUGGAGGAUUGUGGACAGUCAGAAGGAAUGAAUCCAGAUGAAGUAUCACAGGAUAGAUGAUAGUUUUUCUAAAAAAAAAAAAUCAAAUUAAUUCUGUGGUAUUGUAAGUUACCUAAGUUACAUUAUACUAUUGUCCAAAGUGUUAAAUCCAUUGUUGUCCUUGACCAGUGGGAAUGGCAGGAUUUACCUGACAUUUAGACUUCAUUUUGGUUAAAAGAAUUUCAGCCCACAUUUCUACAGAAUGUUAGCUCAUAUACCUUAUUCAAUGUUAAUGAAAGAAGCGAUGUAUCAAAAAUUUUGUUGAAGUAAAUUUUAUAUUUGUAUUAUCUUAUUUCAUUUGUGCUUUUCACUGCAGGGUCAAAUAAUCUUUUAUUCAUACAUUUGGUUGAGCAAUGACAGUAAGCACUCCAUAAUAGCAUGAUAUCAGUCAAUGCAAUGAGAAUACAUCCUGAUGUGAUAAAUUAAGAAUGAAAAUUGAUCAAUAAGACAAAGGCAAAAGAUGCACAAGGUUGUGUCACUACUAUUUUUCUUUUAAUUAUCGUUACAAAUCUUUAACAUUAACAUUUGUUCUUGUUAUCUUUCAUUGUAUUUUUCCAAUUUCUUGCUUUAUAAAAUGAAGUCAGUUCCUUACAUAGCUAUUCAUGCAUGACUUCAAAAAGUUUAAUGGUCUCAAUAGCAAAUGGUUCUUUUUAAUAGCAUGAAAAUUUGCUUCGUUACUGGGAAAACUCUUUGAUACUGGAUGUUGGGCCUAAUACUUUAGCAUUAUCAUCCAUUGUGUUCAUUGCUUAUCGCAAACACUGAUAAUUCAUUUCUAAGAACUCUUUCGACUGUUUCCUCUCAUUCGGUAUGAUUAUUUGUAUUUCUAGUGGAUCAUUUUACUUCCUUUUCCUUGAUAGUGUUUCAUACCAAAUGAAAACCCUCCAGCUAAUAUAUACUCAACCAGGAGGAGUUGCGCACCACUAUAACUGUUCUUGGUAGUAAUGCACUUAUCAUUAUAUUCCCGGCCCUGGGGGUCCAGGGACAUAGCAGGGAAUGU